UACUACUUUCGCUAUAGCCCGCUGGCCUUUUGAUUCAUCACUACUGCUGGAGUUUAGCAAGGCCUGUCACGAACUCCAUCGAUUAUGGAAGAUGCUGAGAGAAAGCAGCGGCGUAAGCUGCAAAACAGGAUCAACCAACGAGCUCGCCGAAAUCGCAUGAACAAUGAUGACACAACCAAAACUCGUGCCAAGCAGCAAAGGCCGACAUUCGGAGUCAAGCUCUGGAGGGUGGAUGAAUUCGGUCUGGAGGCCGGAGCCGCCAAUGAUGAAUCCUCCAUCACCAAGCAAGACCCGAGAUUGUUUCUUACCACUAUAUACAAGGGCACAUUGAGCACCGCAGAUAUUGAAUUAUACAGCCAGCAGCUCGACAUGCAUCAACGUCUACGGGCAUUGACGGGCGUGGCGUCUCCUCUCUCGGACCAUCUUCUGUAUCUCAUAAACUACAAUGCUUUCCGAGGGCUUUUUCAGAACAAAGUAACCCUCUCACAGGUGACGGAUCAUCUUGUACUUGUAGAGGGUCGGACUGAGAAACUGGAUGUCAUGGUUGGCUUAAAGCGCGAUGCUAUUUGUGUCGAGACAGGCCUAGAUGUACCGCCUCAUCUUCGUCCUACAGCCCUGCAAUCAACAACGGUACAUGCAACCUGGAUCGAUUUCAUUCCGUUUCCGAAGAUGAGAGACAAUCUUAUCAAUCACCAUGAUCAUUUCAAUCAUCGACUACUUGUCACUGACAUAAUGGGAGAUCUACUGGAAGACAUCAUGUUCAACAAAUAUGGAGAGGGCACUGGGCCAAGAGGACGGCGACUUGUGUCAAGAGGCAAACAUGGCGACUAUGCUUCAGAUCGGCGUGGCAUGAUUAUCUGGGGAGAGCCGCAUCGUAUGGAGAGCUGGGAGGUGACGCCUCGGUUUCUGGAAAGAUGGGGAUGGGCUGUCGAAGGAUGUCCCGAGCUGAUGAGGGCAACUAAUCAUUGGAGAGCGUUAAGAGGUGAAGUCCCAUUGGUGUUUGAGAAGCAAAACAUAGGACAAGUCGAAAAUCUGGAAAAUUCUCAGAUCCUCCGCAAAUACAUCUUCUACUCGUCUCGACCCUUCGCAAUCAUGACCAUCGCACGCCAAUCUCUCUCCUCCUUCAGACGCAUCUCGACCGUCACAUCCGCGCUUCGAUCCCAACCCGUGCUAAGCUCAUACACCUCUAUCCGCAUGAACUCAGGCAAAGUCGAAACCCCAGUGUCUUCCGAUCCCAACCACGACAAGAACAAUCCACCAGUCACCGAUCACUCAGAUGGAGCCAUGGCGUCGCUGAAGGGUGCACCGGGAAAACGCGAUGCGAGCUCGUUCGAAGAUAAGAACAUGACAGAGAAGGAGAAGAAUACCAACAGUCAGAAUGCUCAAGAGCAGGAUGGCAGAGAGGGAAGUACUGGCGAGGCAGGCCAUUUCAAGAAGUCGGGCAGGAAACCCAAGAUGUAAAGCGCAUGUCGUAUUUUACUACACGUAUACAAAUAACUAAGGAUAUCAAAAAAAGAUCCCA